AUGGAGGAUGAAAUGUUGCAAGAGUUAAUCAAGAAUUGUGAUCACGUGGAGGACCUUUCUUUGAUCAGAUUGACUGCAACAUAUAUAAUUCGGAUCGCUGAUGAAAAAGGAGUGCUCAAAAGAUUAACUAUAGAACACUGCCAUUCUGAAGAAACCGGAUUUGUUGAGAUAGAGGCUAGGAACUUGAAGUACUUCAACUACCGUGGCAAAGUCAAGUUAUUUACCAUUGAAGCCCCUAAAGUGGAUGAGGUGGCAUUUGAUUUCUCUUCAGAAGAAAAAUUCACUGGUGAUGAGGGGUGUCUCCUAUCAGAAGUUAUCAGCUCAUUUGUCACAGCGAAAGAGAUCACUGUAUGCAGCUAUACCAGUCAGGUGUUACCUCAUGGAGAUGAUCCACUACGUCUGCCCGCUUUAAAUCAAAUGCUUGGGCAUUUGAUACUAAAUAAAGGGGAUAUACUUAUCCAUUCAACAAUAGACCUGCGAAUGCUGCUGCUUUUUGGGACUCUACAAAUAACAACCAUAACAUGCCUGAAUCGCCAUCUGAAAAAGGUCACUGUGCAAGGGUUUUAA